CGCCGGGGGAGGAAGCGUGUCCCCGCCGGCUCGCCGUGCCGCGGUGGGAAGGGCUGAGAUGGGAGAGGGCAUGUCCAAAAGGCUGAAGUUGCAACUCGGCGGCGAGGCGGAGAUGGAGGAGCGGGCCUUCAACAACCCCUACUCGGACUACCCAGCCCACGGCGGUUCCGGGGCUCCGGCCAGCGGCGCCGAGGCUUCCCCCAGCGGCUCGGAAGGCAAGCGGUGCCACCCGUCGCCGCCCGAGGGCGAUGAUGCCCUCCCCUUCGAUGGCGACGGGAAGAUCGGCUCCUAUUUCAGUAGAAAGGUCACCGCAAAAAUUAAGGAUUUGGUGCAGCAGAUGGAAGAAGGACUGAAGACAGCCGACCCUCAUGACUGCACCACUUACACCGGCUGGACGGGGAUAGCUCUCCUGUACCUUCAGCUGUACCGUGAGUCAGGGGAGCAAAGUGAUCUCCAGCGAUCCUUGGAUUACGUGAAGAGGACACUCCGCAACCUGAACGGAAGGAGGGUUACUUUCCUCUGUGGCGAUGCUGGGCCUUUGGCUGUGGGAGCAGUGGUGUACCACAAGCUAAACAUCGAGAACGAAUCCAAGGACUGUGUGACAAAGGUCUUGCAGCUCCAGAGAAUAGUCCUCAGCAUGGAUUCUGACCUUCCAGAUGAGCUCCUUUAUGGAAGAGCCGGCUACUUGUAUGCCUUGCUUUAUCUGAAUACUGAAAUCGGCCCUGACACUGUGCCCCAGUCGAUUAUCAAAGAGGUAGUGAACUCCAUCAUCGAGUCGGGUAAAAAGUUCUCCCUGGAGGAGCGAAAGGCUGAACGCUGCCCGUUGUUGUACCAGUGGCACAAGAAGCAGUACGUUGGCGCGGCUCAUGGUGUAUCAGGAAUCUAUUACAUGCUAAUGCAGCCAGCCUCCCACGUGGAUCAGGAGACUUUGACGGAGCUGGUGAAGCCAAGCAUCGACUAUGUGCGCCAUAAAAAAUUCCGGUCGGGGAACUACCCGUCGUCUUUAAGCAACGAAACUGACAGGCUGGUGCACUGGUGUCAUGGCGCCCCAGGAGCCAUCCACAUGCUCAUGCAAGCCUAUAAGGUUUUCAAAGAGGACAAAUAUUUGAAAGACGCCAUGGAAUGCAGCGACGUCAUUUGGCAGCGGGGGUUGCUGAGGAAAGGAUAUGGGCUCUGCCACGGGACGGCGGGGAACGGCUACUCCUUCUUAUCCCUCUAUCGCCUCACCCAGGAUAAAAAGUACCUCUACCGAGCUUGCAAGUUCGCAGAGUGGUGCCUGGAGUACGGAGCGCAUGGCUGUCGGAUUCCCGACCGACCCUACUCUCUCUUUGAAGGUAUGGCCGGAGCCAUCCACUUCCUCUCUGACAUCUUAGCCCCUGAGAAGUCCCGCUUCCCUGCGUUUGAACUUGGCCCUCAAAAGGAAAGGAACAAAGAGAAGAACGACAGCUAAGCGGAAGCUCGAGGUAAUGCCAGGAGUGGCAAAUGACUGUGGAGGGCCCCGAGGACUGCUGAACUGACCGAGAAAAGGGACAAGCAAAAACUCUUUUCUCACCUGUUCUCCUAAUGGCCGCAUUUGUCAUUGCUGCAUGAAGAAGAGGAUUCCAUGCUGCCAAUGUUCCAUUUUGUGAAAUAUUGUUAAGCCACGACAGGAGAAUGACCUUCAGUAUGUAGGGAGCGCACUCUCUUUCAGUUUCCACUGUUGUCUCUUUGGGUCUUUUGAGUUUUCACACAUUUGGUGUUGUCUGUAAGCGUGAAGUUUUGUUCUACCCUGUUGCUGUAAAGCUGAAACCCCAAUCUGCGCAUGGCUGUCAUGGCAACAGCACCUCUCUUUCCGCAGCCAAUAAAUGCAAGAGUGCUUUCUUCAUCUGCCACAGUGAACAAGGGCAGAAUCCGGGUUCUUGGGUUGGUUGAUCCUCCUACAGUCUGAGAAGUCAAAAGGCGUCGAGUUCAAAUUUGUUUUUGCUGUUACGGUCAUACCUGAAUGUCAAGGGGCCAGAGCCAAUAAAAGUGAAGCGCUUUUAACUUCCUGUUGAUUUUCACGGAGAAAGUGAAGCGUUGGCUGAAAUAGUUCGUAGUGGAGUUGUUAAAUGUCUUUGAAUUUUUGGCUGAAUUACACUUUGAGGGUCCCCCCCCCCUCCACACACGCACACACACACCAGCAAGAUAUGGGUUUUGAUCUUCCUUGAAACGUCGUGAGUGCAGUUUUUGUGCACUGUUUUUAAUGUGUCCGCUUUUCACAUGAGGACGUGUUAAGUGCUUUCUCUAAAUAAAAGAUUACUGGUUAAUGCAGUAAAGGGGAAAGAAGCAAUGGUUGAAAUAGCCUGCUGCCCUCUGUUUUGAAGUUUACUGGGGCAGGGCCAUAACCACAGUCCCCCCCCUCCUUUGGGAGGGCAGACCCCCACUCCCUUCAGUGUACAGAGCUGCAGAUGGAAGUGGGCCAGAGAUAAAAUGGGGCCAUUGGCCUAGCUAGUGAGCGAAAGGGAUUAUGGGGAAUAACUGGCUGCUCUUUUCAGAUCUUCUCAAAUGAGGAUGAAAAUGGGUUCUUAUUUACCAUGAAACUGUAAGUCUCUCUUCUGGGUGAUGCAGGAGAUCCCAUUUCCGCUUUUCAGUGUCUGGAAUGGCAACAUAUCCCUCAUAUCAACAGGUCCCAACAAGUUGAGUGUUACUCUUUCGUGUGUGUGUGUGUUCCAGUUCCACAUCUGAGUAAAGCUAAGUGAAAUACAAUAAAGUUUGCAUCAUAGGCUUACCGUUUGAGGAGGGAGAGGGUUGGCUGAAAACAAGCCAACAUCUUCCAGUUAUUGCUCGUUGAGGAAUGAGCACUGCUUUUGCAGUGGGAGGUUAAAGACUGUCUUGAGUUGAGCGGAAUCGUUGUGAUGCCUGUUACACCAUUUUUUUUAGCUUAGUUGGAAAUGGCAUGGUUUCUCUUGCAGUUAAUGGGAGCCUUUUUGUAGGAGGCAUCAAAAGCUUUUUUUGGAGGAGGGAGGAGGGAGAUUCAGUUGUCACAAUGUUUUGCUGUUGGCGAGUUCUUUUCCAAAAAAUAAAUAUCUUUCUCUAAA